AUUGCAUCAAUCUCUUGUUGUUGGUUUUAUUUGGGUUGGAGCAAACAAAGUUCUUCAUAAUGCCGACGACACCUUCCCUCUCCGAAUGAGUUGACGUCGCCUGACCUCUCCUAAUUCAACAUAGCUGUAUCAUUCUGCAUAUUGAAUAAGGGAAAAGAAAACCGACAGUCGUUAUAGAGUCGUCUCAUUGCAUCAAUCUCUUACUUUUGAUUUGAGUUGGAGCAAUCAAAGCUCUUAAAAAUGCCAACGACACCUUCCCUCUCACAACAAUCCAACGAGUUUUGCUGAUUCAACGUUGCUAUGUCAUUUGGGUUUAAUUCUUCAGCCACCAUGGCUAGAUUGGCAACAACAUCUUCUUCCUUCCACUACCAAUGGACUUGCGAUGUCUUUAUCAAUUUUAGAGGUGAAGAUACUCGUUAUGGUUUUACAGGAAAUUUGUAUCAUUCUCUAAGUCAAAAGGGAAUUCGCACCUUCCUUGAUGAUGAGAAACUACGAAGAGGGGAUGAAAUUACCCCAGCAGUUCUCAAAGCAAUUGAAAAUUCUAGGAUGGCCACUACUGUAUUUUCUAAGAACUAUGCUACCUCAUCAUUUUGUCUAGAUGAGCUUGUUAAGAUCUAUCAGUGCAUUAAGGGAAAUGGUCGUUUGGUUUUGCCAAUUUUUUAUGAUUUGGAGCCUUCAGAAGUGCGCCAUCAAAAGGACAAUUAUGAGCGAGCACUAUCUAUGCAUACAAAAAACCGCAAAGUUGAUGAGGAGAAGAUACAAAGUUGGAAACAUGCAUUGACUGAAGAAUCUAACAUUUCUGGCUUCCAUUUUGAUCCAAGGCAUGGUUAUGAAUAUCAGUUAAUUGAAAGGAUUGCGACCGAAAUAUCUAGUAAAAUUGAUAGGAUUCCUUUAUAUGUUUCUAGAUAUCCUGUUGGAUUAGAGUCUCGGGUUGUAAGUAUAAAGUUUUUAUUAGAAAUUGGAUCAAAUGAAGAGGUCAACAUGGUAGGAAUUUGUGGAAUAGGGGGAAUAGGUAAAACAACAAUAGCACGUGCGGUAUAUAAUUCGGUUGCUGAUAAUUUUGAUGGCAUGUGCUUUCUUCAUGACAUCAAAGAAAAGUCAAGCAAGCUUGGCCUACAACAAAUGCAAGAGACAAUGAUUUCCAAGAUUAUAGGAGUGGACGUGAAAAUACAAGAUGCUCAUGAAGGAGUUGAAGUAAUAAAGAUAAGACUCAAACAUAAGAAAAUCCUUUUGAUUCUUGAUAAUGUUGACAAACACGAGCAUCUACAGAAAUUAGCUGGUGAUUGUGAUUGGUUUAAUGGUGGGAGUAGGAUCAUUAUAACGACAAGGGAUAAGCAUUUACUUGUAAGACACGGGAUUGAAAUUAUAUAUGACAUGAAGGCUCUCAAUGAUGAAGAAUCUCUCGAAUUGUUAAAUUGGAAUGCUUUUAGAAAUAACCAAGUUAAUCCAAGUCACAUGAUGGUGUUAAAUCAAGCAAUAAAGUAUGCACAAGGCCUUCCACUGGCCCUUGAAGUUAUAGGCUCUAACAUGUGCGGAAGGAAUAUAAAUGAGUGGGAAUCUGCUCAUUUUAAUUUUCAUAAAGAAUAUUCUUUGACUAUUCUGCAGAGUUCUUGA